AUGAAUCUGCCCCUGCAAUCCACUCCCCCUAAGGACGUGGCCCGCAAGACAGAAUUAGCAUCUCAACUAGAGGGAUGGCAGAAGGCGCCGCAUGGCACGACCUAUAGCCGUUCAUCGUACGACCGCUCUGACUGGCUAUCGUCAUCUAAGAUUGAGAGCAAGCAGGACUACCGGUUGAGCAGGAAUUAUCUGAAGCUCUGCAACGACAAAUCUGGCAGCCGGGGGGUUUCGGUUCCCAGCAGCAGCAGCAGCAGCCAGACCAUGUUGCAGCACUGGCCAGGCUCAACGAGCACCGGAUUAGACCAAGUCCUGGCGACCGACGUCGACGCUAGCGCAUGCUAUCCUUCACUUCAGAACAAAGCAUUGCAAGGCUGGACCUCACUUCCAGUCGACUGCAAGCCACAACAGCUGACCAACCCAACCAUGGACCUCUUUCAGGCGGGGUUGCAGGGAGUCGGGUUGCUGAAUCUGGGUCUUCCGGUAGGCGACUUCAGUACAACCCCCGACAUCCUGUUAACAUCGAACCCUUACGCCGCGAUGGAACAUGAUGGCCUCAUGGGGCCUGCCGUCGAGCAGGGAGGCCCGAGAGGGUGUAAUCUUACGCGCCGACAAUUCGACAAGACCGGAUGGGCACUUCAGUCAACUGUAUACCAAUAG